GAAUUCCCUGCCACAGGCACCUCUAGUGCUGUGAAGAUGUCUAUUACAACUUGGUGCUGCAGUCUAAGAAAACGCAUCUUCCCUUGUUGCUUAAAGACUCUGACUAGUUGUCCUGAUGUAUCAUGGGGCAACAGCUGAGCUACUGAAUAAAGAUGUUUUAAAAAGAAUAAGUCCCAAACCUCAAAGUUGCAGAAUGGGAUGCCUUAACUGUUAGUGAUGUACCUUAUCUUCUAUUUUAUUUUUAGUUGCUCUUCUACAACGGGUAGCAGAAUUGGAAAAGGUCAAUGCAGAAUUUCUGCGCACAAAGCAGCAACUUGAGCAAGAAUUUAAUCAAAAGAGAGCAAAAUUUAAGGAGUUAUACUUGGCUAAGGAAGAGGACCUGAAAAGACAAAAUGCAGUGCUCCAAGCAGCCCAAGAUGAUCUGGGACAAUUGCGGACCCAGCUAAUGGAAGCUCAUGCUGAAAUGGAGAACAUCAAAGCUAUAGCUACAGUAUCUGAGAAUACAAAGCAGGAAGCUAUCGAUGAGGUGAAGAGACAGUGGCAAGAAGAAGUAGCUUCACUACAAGCUAUUAUGAAAGAGACUGUUCGUGACUAUGAGCUCCAGUAUCAUCACAGGUUGGAGCAAGAGCGAGCUCAGUGGAAUCAAUAUCGAGAAAAUGUGGAACGGGAAAUAGCAGAGUUAAGAAGGCGACUGUCUGAAGGUCAGGAGGAAGAAAAUCUGGAAAAUGAGAUGAAAAAGGCCCAGGAAGAUGCUGAGAAGCUGCGUUCGGUUGUGAUGCCUAUGGAGAAAGAGAUUGCAGCGCUAAAGGAGAAAUUGACAGGAGCUGAAGAAAAAAUAAAAGAGUUAGAAGCAUCAAAGGUUAAAGAACUGAACCAUUAUUUGGAAGCUGAGAAGUCGUGUAGGACAGACUUAGAGAUGUAUGUGGCUGUUCUCAACACGCAAAAAUCAGUCCUGCAAGAAGAUGCAGAGAAGUUGCGGAAAGAACUGCAUGAAGUCUGCCAUCUCUUAGAGCAAGAGCGACAACAGCACAACCAGUUGAAACACACAUGGCAAAAAGCCAAUGACCAGUUCUUGGAGUCUCAGCGUUUGCUGAUGAGGGACAUGCAACGUAUGGAAAUUGUUCUGACCUCUGAGCAGCUCCGACAAGUUGAAGAACUGAAAAAAAAGGAUCAGGAAGAAGAUGAUCAGCAAAGACUUAGUAAGAGAAAGGAGCAGAAGCAAAAAGAUUCAGAUGAUGAAACGAAAGCUUCAUGUUCUCUAGCCCAUGAGGAAACCCUUACCCAGCUCUCUAGCGAAGAGGUGCAUGUAAAUAGCACCCAUGGCUCAGUCCAUUCGUUGGAUGCAGACUUGCUUCUUUCUUCUGGCGAAUCUUUCAAUAAAUCGGAUAAUGAUAUGUUUAAAGAUGGACUACGGAGAGCACAGUCAACAGACAGUCUGGGGACAUCUGGAUCUUUACAGUCCAAAGCUUUAGGAUACAACAACAAAGCAAAAUCUGCUGGGAACCUGGACGAGUCAGAUUUUGGACCACUUGUUGGAGCAGAUUCAGUGUCUGAGAACUUUGAUACAGCAUCCCUUGGGUCUCUGCAAAUGCCAAGUGGGUUCAUGUUAACCAAAGAUCAGGAAAAAGCAAUCAAAGCAAUGACACCAGAGCAAGAAGAGACUGCUUCACUACUGUCCAGUGUUACACAAGGGGUAGAAAGCGCUUAUGUGUCUCCUAGCGGUUACCGUUUGGUUAGCGAAACAGAGUGGAACCUACUGCAGAAGGAGGUGCAGAAUGCAGGGAACAAGCUGGGUAGACGCUGUGAUAUGUGCUCGAAUUAUGAGAAGCAGUUGCAAGGUAUCCAGAUUCAGGAGGCUGAGACAAGAGACCAGGUGAAAAAGCUGCAGGUGAUGCUGCGGCAGGCUAAUGACCAGCUGGAAAAGACAAUGAAAGAUAAACAGGAAUUGGAGGAUUACAUGAAACAAAGUGCUGAGGACUCCUCUAAUCAGAUCUCUUUGCUUAUGGCUAAAUGUCAAAAGUCGGAGAACUUCCUCAGUGAACUGCAGCAGGCAUUUUCGCAAGCAAAGAGAAGUGUCCAGGAGCAAAUGGCUGUCCUGACACAGUCAAGGGAGCAGGUUUCAGAAGAGUUGGUGAGACUGCAAAAAGAUAAUGAAAGUCUUCAAGGAAAACACAGCUUGCAUGUGUCUUUACAGCAAGCUGAAGACUUCAUUCUACCAGAAGCAGCAGAGGAGCUCCGUGAGCUGAUUUUAAAAUAUCGUGAAGACAUAAUUAGCGUGCGGACAGCAGCAGAUCACCUUGAGGAGAAACUUAAGGCUGAGAUUUUAUUCUUAAAAGAACAGAUUCAAGCUGAACAAUAUUUGAAAGAAAAUAUAGAAGAAACUCUACAGCUGGAAAUAGAGAAUUGCAAAGAGGAAAUAGCUUCCAUUUCCAGUUUAAAAGCUGAACUGGAAAGAAUAAAAGUGGAAAAGGAACAGUUGGAAAGUUCUUCUCAGGAAAACCUGCAGCAGCUGGAGAGUCUGCAGGAAACAAAAAACACUCUAGAAGAACAGUUGAAGAAGGAGACAGCAGCAAAGGCAAACCUUGAACAGCUGGUAUUUGAAGAGAAGAAUAAAGCUCAGCGGUUGCAGACUGAAUUAGAUGUCAGUGAGCAAGUGCAGAGAGAUUUUGUAAAGCUUUCUCAGACGCUUCAGGUGCAGCUGGAGCGGAUCCGGCAGGCAGAUUCCCUGGAGAGAAUCCGUGCAAUCCUGAAUGACACAAAACUGACGGACAUUAAUCAGCUUCCUGAAACAUGACACCCUGAUGAGCGGGCUCCAAGGCUGCAUUUGGGGUUUUUAACUCAUCUUUAUAGCAACAUUAAUUAUUAUUUAAUUCUAACUGAAAGAGCAGAAGACAACAGAGGGGAGCAAUGACUAAGUUUUGUUUCUAGAGGGGAAAAAGGUUUCGUAUUGGGCAGGAAGAGAGCACAAGGGUGACUUGCAGUGUAGGAAGGAGAACUUUCUAAUGGAAACACUAAUGAGUGCGGUGUUUCAUGUUCCACUGAGUGGGAUCAGUCCUUACAUUCUGAAAAACUUCCCCUCUUUCAGCCGACUUCGUAACCUAAUAUAGAGUUUUGGAACAUUUACCCCCUGUCCUUCCCUCUUUCCUUUCCCCCCACUACUGUGAUCAAAGUAGCUGCUGGAAACCAUAUUGUCCCUCCAAAACAUUGAAGAGCAAAGUGGUUGAAGUUUUUCUGUUUGAAUAGUCAGUAACAGUAUUCAGCUAGCAGAGAGAAUGAGGUGUAGAGUAUGCUGUAUGAAUAUUUUAUAUUAAAAUAUGACUUUAUUAGCAGGACACUGGAUAUUGAUCUUAUUUCAUAACUCAGUACUUUUUUUUUUUUUUUUUUUUUUUUUUACACCAUUGACUUUGUGUUGAAGAAUCUGAAUGCUGCUGAAAUGUGGUGGACAUGAGUGAGCUGUGUGUUUCCUGAACAGAUAAAUGCUAAUCCAAAAAAAAAAUGAAAAACGUACUGAGAAUUUAGCUCCUUGAAAUUUUUCCGUUGAAUUCUGAUACUUAAGGAAAAGCACAAAGAAAUGCACUGUUUUGUAAUCUCUUUUCACAAAUGUAAUUUAGAAUAUGGAACUACAACUGGUUCUUUCUCAUCUCUAAAGCUGAGCAGUACCUGUAAUCCCUUCUCUGUAAAAAAAAAACAAACCAACAACCCAACAACAAAAAAAACCCAACCAAACCAACCAACCAAAAAAACCUAGUAUAAAUCCUAUGCGUUGUCUGAGCAUUGGCAUGGGGUUUAUGCAGGUCUGCUUUGCUCCGGUGGAUGGCACCAGAGGUAAAGUUACUAGCUUUCACUGGAAAGUGUCAAGGUAAGGUGCUGAAUGAAGCAGUCAGCUUGACCCACCUCUUCUGGGUCAGCGUACUAGUAUGGAAAACAGUGAUUGCACUCUCAAUCACAGAGCACAAAUGCGCUGGAGCUGCAUUAUUCUGCUGGUUCAAGUUUGAAAGGUACAGUGCAUCUCUUACUUUAAAGUAUGGUAUCAUGGUAUUGCUCAGAGUUGACUCCUACGCUGUCCCAUAUUUCUGUAACUGUGCAUUUAAGUUACACUAUGUAACGUGUCAGCAGAGGCAAGAAAUUCUUGUCAUCAAUCAGGUGCUAGGUUUGAGUUUCUUGUUCUAUAAAUGUAUGGCGGUAACAUGACCGUUCCUCCUCCUUUUUCUCCUUUUGUUGGAGUUUCACGCACGCAGGUGGAUAGCAAGGGUUUCAUGUACGGUUGCAGGGGUUGAUAAUACUGGUGGUGCAAAUUGAGUUCUUGAACUGGCCCCUACUUACAACUCAAUUAAAAGAAAGGAGGCUGAAGGAGCAGAUCAUUACUGUCCAAAAUUUAUAACUUAGACUUUCCUCCAUUGCUUAUUGGUUUUUCUUUACGUACUUGACCAUAGAUCUGAAGGUGAUGAAGAAAACCAGAAGUGACAGAAAAUGCUCCAAACUGUAAUGCACAUGACUACAUUUUAAGUGCUUAAAUCCUAUUUUUAGCAGUCUAUAUCCUGCUACUAACAUAAAGUUAGAACCGGUGGUUUUGAAGAGGAAUGCCUUAAAAACAGCCAAAAAGAAGCAUACAAGCUCAAUUCCUUGUCACUCAUUGCAAGAAUUCACCCUAGCAAUUAAUUCCUUUCAUAAUCCUGACACCCAAAAGCCAUUUUUCCUACCUUAGUAAUGACUAGACUAAUAGAUGGCAGAGUUUUCAUCUUUCAGAUGACACUUAAUUUCACUUAAAAGUGAAAUUGCAGUGUGGCUUAGGUUCUUUAUUAAUUGGCUAUUACCAGAUUUGGGGGUUUUUAACCUUUUUUACUAUUUGCUGAACUGUGAGGUGACAGCAGCUGCCUCCUGAUGCAUAAAUCCAAUACCAGAUGUUUUGCAUCCAGUUUUCCAAUGGUUAGGGUCCUAUUCUGUUGAAUAAACUUUUUGGAGAAAAAAAAAAUAGGCCUUUAAUAGGAGCUGCAGAAUGAAAAGCUUUUUCCUAUGUUCCCUUCCUUCCCAAAAAGUAACUCUUAGCUGGUUACUGAUACGUAACCUGUGCAGCAGUGUUUAAGGAAGCCUGUUGUUGUAUGGCAAAACUACAACAAAUCCUGUACAUCUCUUCAGCAAGCUGAACACGUGAGGAAAUGCACCUAAGGACCUAUGCAGAAAAAGAAUUUUUGGUUGAGUUUCUGGACUGUCCUCCUAGCGCGAGAGAGCGAGGAAAGCAGCUGUUAACGGCCUUUCAGCAUCCCUUUCUGGUCCCUGUGUCAGUGCCCGUUCUCAGCAGCCCUACCUUCCCGUCUCCUCUAAACAACCGCGGCUGUAGCUGACCAUUUUCGAUUGUUUCAAAUAGUACAGGGCUGGUGUGGCUUUUCCUUAGUGUAUUUUUACAAGUUGUUGACACGGCUUUGUAUAGGUGUGGUGUUGUCAGAUUGCAGAUGAUGGCUGCAGGGUGCCUUUCUGCAGUCCAUAAGGGAAGGCAGGUGAGUGGGCAAUCGGUUUGUGAUCGUUAGAUAGACAGGGUAGCAAACGUAACAGUUGCAGAAUGGAGUUUUGCAUGUGUGUGUGUGUGUUCGUAUGCAUGCUUGUGUAUUUUUCUCAGUGGACAGCGAUGGCAUGUUGGGUCUAGUUAGAGGAGGCUGGAGGCAUACGCGGUAGGGCAUGAGCGGGACCGAGAUGAGAACUCACCUGAAAGGGCUGGUGCUGACUACUGUCUUCCUUGCUUUUAAACCAGGCACCGCGCGAGUCGGUGAAGGAACUUCCUUUUGGUUUGGAGAGGAAGGGCGUACGAUUACUGUAUGGUUGUUUUCCUUUUUGCCACCUUAUUCCAUCAUGCACCCCAACACCUUUACGCCUGUUGAUAAGUACUAGCUGUGACCAUUUCAGAGUUAAAACAUGAGUGACCUUUUUCUACCAACCAGUGCAAAUUUCUUUUUUAAAUUAGACACCUGACUGUUCACAGAAGUGGUGGGAGAUGUGCUCGCUACAAACAGCUGUCCUGCUAACCCAGAGCGGCUGUCCCUCCUGGGGAGGGAAAGCACAGCUUCAGAAGUAGUUAACUCAACUCAAGCUUCUGCUGAACUCAAACUUAAGAAACUUAAAGGGCCCUUUAAAAACAAAACAAAACAGCGUGUGCCAAAUUUGCAGAGCAAAUUUAAAAGACUGUAAAUUAAGUGUAGUAGAAGCUCUUGUUAGAGAUAUUCACUGGAUGGAUUAUGGUGGUACCGCUCAUAAAACAUCAGAAAACAAAUGCUCUUCCCUCCAGUUCUUGGUGUGCUGGAGCUUGAUUUGUGUCAGGUGGUAGGUUCUCCUUGCUUAGUAAGCUUCUUAACAGGCACUACUUCUAACCGGACAGGUCAGCUAGGAUACAGAGGGUGAGUGGAUUAGAAAACGGGAUUCUGUUCAUGUAGGCUGUAAAAGGGACGAGAUCAAGUUUUGUAUGCAUUCCUAUACUUGUAUAGUCUUAAUCUGUACAAAAAGAAGUGUUCUUGCAGCAUGUCUGGUAACCUUGUUACCUAACAGGUAAUAACAGCCCUCCUUCCCUUACAGCUUUACUUUGGCACCUCUUACUGUGCCACUUUUGUAGCAGUGCAGUACUACUUUUCAAAACUGAGCUUGACCAGGUCACCUUUUCUAAGGGGUGGGGGGAGGGGACAAGUGUUAUUUAUUGUCUGCUGAAGUUUGUCUACAGCAGAUAAAUAAUUGGCCUUUUAAUGUCAAGACGGACUCCAGAGCCAUCUUUUGAUAAAGGCAAACUGAGUGUUUGGAAGUUAAUACUGCAUUCCAGUGAACCAAGCCAUUGGUGUCCCGUGCAAUUGUGGAUGUAGAAUUCUGCUGUCUACAGGAUUCAAGUGUAACCAUUUGUUAACUGUACUGAAGGUGUGUCCUUUAUGAAGAAAGUGUUUCAAA